UACAGUGUAGGACGUUCAUUCAAUCUGCACGCGAAGUAAAACUUUUCAUUAAAUAAGCAAUGGAUAUUUCAUGGACUGCUUUGCUUAUAGUUAUAAUAAUUGGUUUAAUUCUUAUAAAAUACACAUUUUUUGGCAAAGAAACACAUUUCAAAAAAUACGGAAUCCCUUACUUAGAACAGCAUUCAAUUUUCUACGACGUUGUUCAAAUAAUACUGAAAAAAAUAUCAAUCGUCAAUCAAACAGUAAAAACAUACAAUCAUGACAAUUCUGCUAAAUAUAUUGGUUACUAUGAGUUUAACAAACCUGUAAUAAUGAUCCGUGAUUUGGAUAUUUUAAAAAAUAUAACAGUGAAGAAUUUCGAACACUUUGUCGAUCAUCGCAAUUUUACAGACCCUGAAAUCGAGCCAUUGUUCAGCAACAAUUUAUUUUCUCUGAAGGGCGAAAAGUGGCGAGAAAUUCGAACUCUGCUAACUCCUGCGUUCACAUCCAGCAAAAUGAGAGCCAUGUUUAAAUUGAUGUCCGAGUGUGCUAAUAAUUUUACUGAUUUUUUGGUCUAUCAAUCGCAAAAAGGAUCGACAGUAUUCAAUUCCAAGGAUAUUUUCACACGUUACACUAAUGAUACAAUUGCUACAUGUGCUUUCGGUGUUUCUGUUGACUCAAUGAAAGAUCCCAAUAAUGAAUUUUAUGUUCUUGGUAAAAAAGCUACUAAUUUUGAUGAUAUUGUUCAAACGAUCAAAUUUGUUCUCAUGAUGACUUUCCCAAAAGUAAUGAGAUUAUUUGCUGUCAAAUUGUUCGACAAAAGAGUAGAUACAUUUUUUUCAAACCUGGUACGAGACACAAUUGCAACAAGAGACGAAAAAAGUAUUUAUCGGCCAGAUAUGAUCCAGUUGAUGAUGGAAACAAGGAAUCAUGAGCCAGGUUCCAAGAAACCCGAACUAACUAUAGAAAGUAUGACGUCCCAAGCAUUCAUAUUCUUCUUCGCGGGUUUCGAUACUACAUCGACCCUAAUGUGCUUUGCUGCCCAUGAGAUCGCUGCCAAUACGAACAUUCAAACGAAAUUGCAAACCGAAAUAGACCAUGUACUGGAAAGCUGUAAUGGAGAACCGACUUACGAAGCUAUUAACAGUAUGCAGUAUCUUGAGGCUGUUAUAUACGAAGCAUCGCGAUUGUAUCCUGUAGUAGUUGCAGUAGAUCGUGAGUGUACUAAGAAUUUCGAAUUGCCUCCAGCUGUACCUGGUGCUAGACCGUAUACUCUCGAAGCCGGAAGUACUGUCAUACUCCCAAUGUGGGCGAUCCACCGAGACCCAGAAUAUUAUCCUGAGCCAGAAAAAUUCGAUCCAAAUAGAUUUUUGGGAAAAGAAAAGAAAAACAUCAACACAUCGGCUUAUUUUCCGUUUGGAGUUGGGCCCCGAAUGUGUAUCGGAAACCGAUUCGCACUUUUGGAAACUAAAGUACUGUUUUUCCACCUCCUGGCCAAGUGCAAUAUCAAACCAGCCAAAAAAAUGAUUUUGCCAAUGAAGAUCAGUUCUAAUUCCGGUGCCGUAACUGCAGAAGGUGGAUUUUGGCUUGAAAUUAACCCGAGAUAAAUUCAUAAAUAAAACAAAUUGAUUUUGUAAAUUUUUAUAUAUUUGUAUCUAAUCAAAGCUAUUGAUAAAAAAUUAAUCUUACUGUAAUAUUUUUUAGAUAUAAAUGAUAUUUGGGUUAUAUGCAAUAACAUUACAUAAACAUAUUUUAAGAUUAAUAAAGUAAGUAAUUAUAUUAUUUUUAUGUAGGUUAUCAUUUAAUGUUGAGAUGAUGACGUAAUGCUACUCCCACAAGUAUUAUUCGUUCUGGCGCACAGGGAUGAUCAACACAUUUUUUUAACCAAAACUAACUGGUAGAUUAGCAAAGUCACAGUUACGCUGUUACUUGCACGUUUAAUUUAUAAAUAGGUAUAAGUUAUGAGAAAGCACGGAGGAUACUACUACAAGUCACCUGUUUAAGAAAUGGGCUGUUUAAAUAUUAUUACUUUAUUAAUAAAUAAUUUUUUUUUUUUAAUUAGUAACGUAGUGACUUCGAGUUUUAAAAAGCUGUAACAGAAUCAUGUCUAUAAAUUAAGUACUGCCUGACAGUAUGUCAGCAAUAAUCAUUUACGUUAUAGCCUAUCCCAUGCAUGCAUAUCUUAAUGACAAAUAAAGAAGAAAUUUGUUAUUUGAACGUAUAGCGAUUUGUGACAAAAACUUUCCCGAAAUUUAAGCCCGUAUCAUAUAUGUCGGACCACGAGAAAGGGCUCCAUAACUCAUUAGAAUCUACUUUCGCAGGGAUUUUUCCAAGGCACUGCAACUUCCACUACGCGCAGACCUACGAAGUUAUCCAAGAUCAGACCAGAUAAAGAAGACAACAAAAUGCUCAUUCAAUAAAUUUUUCGAAUAUUACGAAAGCUUUUGGUUGAAUUAGAGAGGACCAAAAUCGUUUUCUGUAUACGGAAUGAUUGGUGAUAGAACAAACAACCAUAUAGAGUCCUAUCACCGAGACUAGAAUGCUGUACUUUGAAAAUUUUCCAGCUAAAACGAGAUAAUAGAACGUGAAACUAUAGCAUUACGCACCGGCUACGUAUAAGUGAAGAUGUGUUAAACGUUA